CCCAGCAUCGUCCAGCAAGUCUCUCUCCCCGUAGAGGGUGACCACGACCGAAAGCCGUCAACUUCCGCUGUUGCCACCUGCUGAGACCGACGGCAGGCAGAAGGAGAAGCUACGAAAGAGCGGUGCCAUGUUUCCGACCACUACGACAACACCGACCUGUUUAUCGACGACUCCCAGCCCACGCAAAACGAGCGAACGAUUCUCUUUCAGACGAAGCAGAAGGGCGUCUACGUAUCGAGCGGGCAGGCAGAAUUGAUCGACAAGUACGUCUUCUCACUUGACCCCAUGCUCCCCUUUUCCUCGAGAGCGUUAGAUCUACGUGCGGUUUUCGCAUUCGCAGCAUCGAGCGCAUAUAUGCGUGCCUCGCCUCCGUUGUUCACGAUCUCGCCCUCGCUACAAUCUUUCGUGCAAGGCGAAGCCGUUUCUGAGGCCGAUAUACGCUUGUUCCUCAAACGAAGGCCUGCCUCUGUCGUCUCCAAGCUCUCAGGCUCACUCACUCAAGUCGCUGCAGACCAUCCAAAAGCCCAAGUACAACAUCUUUGUCGCCAGUCCACGAGCACACUUCCCAUCCCUGCGCUCCAGUAGACGGGUCCGGGUCGCGAGGCCAACUCAUAGCUCUAUCGCACGGGGAAGACGGCGGGAAGCGGACGCUGUCCGGAGGUGGGCAGACGUUUGUCAGGCGGCCUUGAGGGCUUGAGCCAAACGUUAGUGACCGGGGCGUGCGGAAGAACUCUAUCAGAAGGAUUGUUGCCGCGAUAUCGGAUCGUUGGGACUCUUGGGGACAGAUUUUGCGUGAAGUGAGUGUGUGAAGGAGAAAUACGAGGAGGCGAUGAAGAACGACUGAACGUUCCGUGCCGUCGUCACUUGUAUCUUCCGUCGGACAUUGCGGCAUCGCCUCUGUGCACCGCUACGUUACUCGUGCGCGUUCGUUUCCGAGUUUUUCUGUUGUAGUACUUCUUUUGCUCAAUGAUAUUCGCGGGCGCACACGCCUCUGCAUCUCUGCCGCC